GAAUUGUUGCAUGAAAUCUGCUCAAAAUUUAAUUUAAAUAUAAUUCAACAGAAUAUUAUAUUAGCGUUAAACGAACGUUAUUGUGAUUUGCAGGAAGUACUGGAGUUAAGAGAAGGAGACGAGAUUGCUGUGAUACCUCCCAUUAGUGGCGGAUAAAAUAUGAAUCAUAUAUUAUUAACAAGAGAACCACUUGACCUCGCUGCCGUCAAUAAGCUAGCUAGUCACGAUACAUGUGGUGCUAUAUCACUUUUUGUUGGCACUACACGCAAUAAUUUCGAUGGUAAAACGGUAAUUUCAUUGGAAUAUGAGGCAUAUGCACCAAUGGCCAACAAAGAAAUGGAAACUAUAUGUGAAGAGUUGCGUACUCAUUGGUCGGAUGUAGUCAACAUAGUGUUUCAUCAUCGUAUUGGUCUCGUGCCUGUUGGUGAAGCUAGUGUAGUAAUUGCCGUUUCUUCUCCACAUCGACAAUCAUCUUUAGAUGCAGUGUCAUUUGCAAUAGAAGAAUUGAAGAAACGUGUACCAAUAUGGAAGAAAGAAAAAUACGAUGCAGACGAAUCGUCUUGGAAAGAAAAUAAAGAAUCCAUUUCGAAAAGAUUGAAGAACAAACCAAAAUUGGAUUUAGAAGCAUUCAAAAUUGAUUCUUCAAUAGUUGUUCCAGACCACCUAGUUCAAAUUAAAGCAGAUGAAAAUGAAAUAAAAAGGCGAAUGGAAUGUUUCAUAAAAUCAAAACGGGAGAAUAUAAAUGAAAAUAAUAAUAUAAGAUUUUUUGGGGAAAACAGUGUUUUGAAUAAUGAUAGAACUGAUGAAUUUACAACAUGUGCACGUACCGAUUGCCAUGUAUCGCGAAAGAAUUUGAGCCAGUUUCUUAAAGUUCGCCGAUCUAAGAAUCUACAUGGCCCUCAAACAAAACCCGAUUAUCAAAAUACUCUACGCAAAUUAAUGAGUAGCCCUAUAAAAGAAAAAUAUAUAAAGCAGGAGUUUUUAGAGAACAACCAAUCUAUGCCGAAUGUUAAUGUUGAAGUAAAACGUGAAAUACCCGAACCAAUCCAAGAACGCCUUAUAAACUUAGAGCGUCAUUUAAACAUAGCUUAUGACACACAAAGUGAGAAUGGUACCAAAAUGAUUUAUGAACGUUUAAAAAAUAUUGAAGAUCGUUUACUGCAAUUAGAAGCCCUAUCUCCAGAAUAUACCCAUUUUAUAACGCAAACAACAGUUCCACAUAUAAAAGAAGAACCCGUGAAUCCAGUUGUUUCUCACAAUGCUUCCGUGUUUCAGCGGAAGAAAUAUACUGCUGAGGAACUAAAUACAGCCAUUGACCAAAUUGAGAAUGAAAUUAUGGCUCAUGGAGCGUCCGUAUGCAGUUCACCGCUAUCAUCAGAGCUUUGCCAUUCACAAGAAAAACAAACUACUAAGGAGCCUUUCCCAGAAAUUACGAAUCCACAUAAUGAUAUAGUCUGCAAGGAUGAACCACUUUCCGACUACGACUAAUAAACGAACCGUCUUGUUGUUUAAACUAAAAUUAUGGUUCAAAAGGAUCGUCUGUGUGCAGUUCACCGCUACAGUCAGACCUUUUAUCAUUUACAAGAAAAUUAAAUUAAGAAACCUUCCUAAGAAUUUAUGAAUCUACAGAAUAAUGUAGUAUGGAAGUAUAAACCACUUUCCGACUACGACUAAUAAACGAACAGUCUUGUUGUUUAAACUUUUA